UGAAAUCUAGUCAUCUCCAUGCUUGCUCUCACUUCUUCCUUCCUCAGAGCCUUCACUGUACCAAAAUCCUAAACCCUGCUUAUGUCCCAUGGCCGUUGCACCCCAAAUUUCCUCCAAGAAAAAUUGUCUCUUUCUCCCUUCCCUCCCCGAUGAAAUCAUAUUUGAAAGUAUUCUAACUCGAUUACCCGUCAAAUCCCUCGUUCGAUUCCGCUGUGUCUGCAAAUCCUGGCGGUCUUCCAUAUCUGAUCCUCGAUUCAUCCAAAAUCACCUCAGCCUUGUCAAGGCCCAUGACGGUUUGGAUAAUUGGAGGGUCAUUUUGCAGUACCCGCGUCAGAUUCUCAAGUCUUGCUCUUUGUCUAAUAUAUUUCAUGAGCCGUAUGGGUACUCGGUUGAUCUCGAUUUUCCGAGGAAGAAAGCUCGUUUGGAUGUGGAAAUUGUUGGGUCUUGUAAUGGGUUGGUUUGUCUCUGUUUCAGGGAGAGGACGGAGAAUCUGUUGAUCGUGUGGAAUCCGUCCAUUAGAGAAUCCAAGGUAAUUUCUGCUUGCGUGGCGGGUUCUCCGCCGUUGUCGGCUUACGGGUUUGGUUACUGUGGGAUCUGUGAUGAUUAUAAGCUUGUUCAAUUGGCAAUUGGGAGACCCUUGAAACCCCGAACCAAUCUUUACUCUUUGAGAGCCGAUUCUUGGAAGAAUACUGACGAAUUCCCUUUAGAAAUAAACUCUGUACCAUGUUCAGCUAAGGUUGUGGAUGGAGCGUUAAAUUGGGGAGUCCAUCUUAAUUCAGAAAAUUCUUGGGUGAUUGUCUGUUAUGAUUUAGCAGAGGAGAGAUUUGGGACGGUCUCUCGGCCUGAUGACAUUUCUCCGAUGACUAAUCCGACGCUGAGGGUAUUGGGCGGAUGCCUUUGCAUAUUAUGUGCUCGAUUAAAUGUCUCUGUGGAUGUUUGGAUGAUGAAAGAAUAUGGGGUCAAGGAAUCCUGGACUAAGUUGGUUAGUGUGAAAUAUCCGCUGGGGUUGAAGUCCUGCCAGCUAUCAAAAGCAUUCUGCUUCAUGAAAUAUAAUGGAAUUCUGAUGUACCUUGGGAAGACUCUGUUCUUGUUCAAUAUGGAUGAAAAAACUUACAAUUAUCCUGUAAUUUUUGGCGUUAAUGAUUGUCAUGAAGCUGAUAUCUAUGUAGAGAGCCUAGUUUCUCCCAAUGCGUAUAAACCAACAGGUUCCAAGACCUUUACAAUUGAGGAACAGGACAUAGAGAUGUAGCAUCUACUGUGGCUUCUGCCACCUUAGGUAUUAUCACAUAGGGCUUCUGAAUAAGAAUUGAGGAAUGAGAAAACAGGGGAAAGUUUUAUAUGCCAGCUCUUCUGCACAGUCUUUUUUCUCAUGCUACUCUGAGCUCGGACGAUGAAGCCCAUGGUACAACCCGUCAACUGUUUUAUUUAUUUAUUCCUUCGAACACCUUCAACUUUGGGUUAUACUUAAGGAGCAGGACAAGGGGUUCAAACCUUGAGACUGGUAGUCUAGUAUUCUGUUUUAUAAUGGAUUAAAUGAUAUUACAAAUGGUAUAGUCAUGUUAUCGUUGAAUAACCUCAUAAUUGAGCAUAUUAUGAGUUCUGAAGUUGAAACUCUUCUAUAUUUGUAAGGUGUAAGGUGUUGCAUAUACUUUCCAAAGCUGGAUUAUUGAAGCAAGGGGGGGGCAUAAAACAUUUAUGUAUCCCUUAGCAUAUAGACGUUGACUGCUUGCCAAUUGUAAGUAAUAAAAAUGGCGACUGCUGACUUUCUGCAGGCUUAGCUGUUUGACAUGGAAAGUCUUUAUUUGGAAUGCUAUAUAUUUCCGAUAUGUUAAUAAAAUUUUUGACAUGUGUUCUACUAAUUCCUAUCUCUAUUCAACUCUAGUUGGCGUGGUUUUUUUUUGGAGAAAAGGUGCACCUGGUUAUUAACUUCGCCUUUUUUUUUUUUUUCAAAGAGUAUAAAUUUCAUUGGUUUAU